UGACACUGUCGUUCAGGACUGAGCUGGCAGUGGAUAAAACCAAGCGGAAGAAGAGGAGAGAGCUGACUGAGGAACAGAAGCAUGAAAUCAAAGAGGCUUUUGAGCUGUUUGACACCGACAAAGACAAAGAGAUAGACUACCACGAACUCAAGGUAAACCUCUACCUACAAUUACCUUAUCAUUACUAGUAUUCUGUUGUCCCCUUUUGCUGUCUAAUAUUUGACUCAUACUCUAAUGCCAUAUCUCUUUCUCAAUUCAAUUAUCUUGCUUUCUCUCUCUCUCUCACUCACAGGUGGCAAUGAGAGCUCUGGGUUUUGAGGUGAAGAAAGUAGAUGUUCUGAAGAUACUAAAAGAUUACGACAGAGAGGGGAACGGCAAAAUAACAUUUGAGGACUUUAAUGAAGUUUGUAUGUUUCCUGCUUUGUUAGCGUGUGUUGUGGCUGCUCAUCCUGUGUGUGUGUGUGUGUGUAUAACCCUGUGUCUGUUUAACUCUGUGCAUGUGUCUCAGUGACAGACCGUAUGCUGGAGCGGGACCCAAAUGAGGAGAUCCUGAAGGCCUUUAAGCUGUUUGAUGAUGACGACUCAGGGAGGAUCAGCCUGAGGAACCUGAGACGUGUGGCUAGAGAGCUAGGAGAGAACAUUACGGAUGAGGAACUACGCAGCAUGAUCGACGAGUUCGAUACAGACGGAGACGGAGAGAGUGAGGACACACACAUGCAUAGAGCAGACACACACACACCUCACACAUUCAAAGCGGGAAUUACCACCAACAAAAAAUGUAAUAGUGACGUUCAACAUUCAAAACAACAUUUUCUCUCUCUUUCUCCCAGUCAACCAGGAGGAUUUUGUAUCCAUAAUGACUGGAGACUCCUGAUUGAAUGGCUGCUGUUCUGGGGGCUUGGCUAGUAGGCUGAGGCUGUAGAUUCACUGUGGGAUGGAUGGGUCCCCCAGGUCACUGAGGAACUGCUAGAGAGGUUACCUUGUCUCCUUUCCUUCAUCUACACUGACCUAACAGAACUGACCAGGGGAAGGAGAGGAGAGGAGGUAAGGAAGCCACUGUAGAGUGCCAAGACUCAAUCUCUCCCAAAUGGUAUUGCUGUCGGUCUUGUUCUUUUCUUUGUUGAAACAUCUUGUCUUUACAAUAUGUCUGGUGCAAAUACAACCUAAUAUUGUGUUUGUUCUUUUCUUUUAGUAGAGUUAUUUCAAAUGCAAAUGGUAUUCAACAUUUUUGAAUAUAUGCACUUGCUGUGCUGUGUAUCCAUACCGUACAGAAAACUGCACAGAUUACAUAACAGGUCAUCUCUCUGAAACAUUCCUUGUAAUCUUCAAUGUUUUCAAUAGUAUUUCUGGAUGGCGGGUCUACAGCAAAUACAAACUGGUUUCAACAAACCCACAUUUUGUAGUUUAAUAGACCAUUUUUAUUUGAUUAUUACUUUGUUUUUUUGUGUUAUUUAUUUUACAUAAUAAACCAAAUUGACUGACUUCUGCUAUUGGAUCAGUAUAUCUGCUAUGGUGUGUAACCUCUUGACAAAAUGGGUGCAGAGUGCAGACCAAGGUUAUUAUAGUUUUUUAUUUCUAUUAAUAUUUUUAUUUGAAGUUUAGUUUCAGUAUUCAGACUUGAUUUACUAGUUUUAUUCAGUUUUAGUUUGAUAAAAACAUUUUAUAUUUAGCUUUUAUAUUAUUUAGUUUUAGUGUUCUAACAAUGUGAUUGGUCAAUAAUCUAACACAUUUAGGGUGUGUUGUAUUGUUUUCAGCUUUUAACACAUUAAUUGCAGGAACUGACACAAUGUGUCUGAGUAAUCAUUACACAUAAAUUGUGUUGUUCAACACCAUAUUUUCUAAAAGUGUAGAGACAGAAAGUAGCCUAUGUGUGGGAAGCUAGGAGCCAUUUAUGUGCCAACCUGCACGCAUUUUGAGGUCAAAGGACGCUGGUAGGAAAAACGACCCUAAAAUAGGCUUCUAGGACAAGGCACAUUUAGGUGGUGGGCUGAAGCCUUAAAACGUGAAGUUGAUCGAUCCCCGUCGAGGGAGGAGCUGAUGUUUUUUUUUGUAUAUGAC